GUCGCGGUGGCCGUUCCUAUCCGCUCCGGCCAGCCGGCUAUAAAAGCCGCGGCCCGAGCCCUUCCCCGAGCACCUCAGCUCUCUAGCACUCUCCCUAUCCCUCCUAGCCUCCUCCCCGGCCUCUUAAUCAAGCUCGAGGAGCUACAGUUCCAUCCAAUCGCCGCCACGGCCGCCGCCUUGGUCCUCCCAAAUUGGAGCUGCCCCGAACCUCUCAUGUCCAUCUUCUGUGACCAGAGGAACCCCCAAGGUGGCGGCUCCAGGAGCUCGAACCCUUCUCGGGAUACCAGUUCCAAGCGACUUCGCAAUCCAGAUGCAUGCUAGGAAUUCAAGGUUCCGAAGUGCAACUUCAAGCAGCCCGCUUACAAGAACAAGGAUAACAUUUUCAAUUGGGAUACUAUGCCGCAAGCAUAGUUUCUAAUUCACCGGAAGAGCAACCCCUAUGUCAUCGAUAGGGUUCAUCUCCAGGGAUGUGAACUGUUAUAGUCCAUGUAGCAGGCUCUCAUUUAUGAAGAUGUGAUCAAGACCAAGAAAAAUAGCUAUGUACCAGUUCAGUGGAUGGACAUGGACCAUCUCAAGAAGGACCUGACGUACUUUGGUGAACCUCUGCACAUGGUGGAACAGCUUGGGAUUGCGGAGCUUAUCACGUUUCACCUUGACUUUGAUCCUGAGAUUGUGGCUCAGUUCUUUGUCACAAUCCACUUCCACACUGAUGCGAAGCGCACUAUGACUUGGGUGACCAAUGGGGAGAGGCUAUCUGCUACUUGGAAGGAGUUUAUGGAUCUUAUGAACAUUCGUGAUGAGGGGCUUGAGAACCCACUUGGUUUGCACCCACACGCAAAGCCAUCUGCUACACCUAAGGAGAAGCUGCUGCCCUACUUUAUUGAGAAGGUGUCCCCAUCUGGUGAGGUCUCUCACGUGUCGAACCAAUUCCUUGAUGUCAUGCACCGAAUCUUUCGCAACACUCUUUUUCUGUGCGUUGGCAACAAGGACCAGGUGCAUUCAUACCUGGUGGAUAUGCUUUUGAUGUGUCAGAAAGGGCAGGCUCGUGCCUUUGGACUGCUUGAUGUGUCUCACGUCAUGUGGAGUGAGCUACAGCCGACAAUAUUUCAUCGUAAGGUUGACAUCUAUGGCCCUUAUUUGUUUUACUUGACACAUGCAAAGUGGUCGGUGUCCUUUCUAGAUAUAGAGUUUCAUGCUCCCGACUGGAUCCGCCAUGAGCCUAUUAAGCUACGUGAGAAGAACAAGUGAUCCAACACCACAACUACACCUGCUGCUGCCACCGCGGAUACCGAUGAGGAUGAUGAUGAGGAUGCGGCUGAGGAUAAGGGCAUUCCAGAGACACAUGUGCCUUCCUCUGCCAAGCCAUCUUGGGCUAAGAAGCUCGAGGACCGGAUGAAGACUUUGUUUUGCAUGCAUGCGAAGGGGCAGUACAUGACUCAUGAUGCUCAGAAGGAGAGCCGUCAGUGCAACAAGCUGAAUCUAAGGAAUCUCGACGUGCACAUCUCCUGUGGGUCUGAGCAAGACAUUACUCCUGAAGCUGCUUGGAUGGAAAAGAAGAAUCUUUAGUGGGCUGAGUCUGAUAAAGAGUCUGAUGAGGAGACAUAAGAGGAGACCGAUGAGGAGUCUGAUGAGGAGUCUGAUGGUUGAUUCCUCUACAUCUCAAGCUACCACCUGUGUCUUAGGAAUCCUCUCUACCUUUUGGUGUCUCGAUGCCAAAGGGGGAGAGAGUGUAGGAUUUGCAAGUUUCUUCGCUUUCGGUGUCGCUUUGUUCGUUGAACUUUCGUUGCUACUUUGGUUGGUUUUGUUUUGUGUGUGAGACUAGUAGACGUCGUACUCUAUCAUAUGGUGUGAGACAUAUGCUAUCACUCCUCUAUCUUUAUUAUCUCAUUAUUAUCCAAUUUGUUAGUAGCUUGUGAGUCUAAUUAUUAUGUGCCCUUAUCUUCAUGCUCACAUGCUAUGCCUUGCUUCCAUGCUUAGUGUUUAUUCAGUUUGUUCCAAGAAAUGCCUCGUCUAUAAAAUCUAGGGGAGUGCUAUUCCUUGGUU